CCAGAGGCGGGACUUGAGCCCGGAGAGGGUUCCGGGAUUGCGGAAGUUUUGUGAGGAGGCUCUGGCGGCUCUGGGAGCGCCGUGUUGUUUUGGAACAAGUUCCGGAAGGGAGGCCGCUGCUCGGGGGUCGCCGCGGCACCAGCCUGCGCACGUCGGAGGCUACACCAGGCGCGCCUCGCCGUCGCCGCUGUUGGUCCUCUUCUCUCGUUCCUCUCCAGGGAUCCGCCUCGGAUAUCCGCCAUGGCAUCCACCGCCAACAACCUCCAGAAAGCGAUAGAUCUUGCCAGCAAAGCGGCCCAGGAAGACAAGGCUGGUAACUAUGAGGAAGCCCUUCAGCUCUACCAACAUGCUGUGCAGUAUUUUCUCCAUGUAGUUAAAUAUGAAGCACAGGGUGAUAAAGCCAAGCAAAGUAUCAGGGCAAAGUGUACAGAAUAUCUGGAUAGAGCAGAAAAACUAAAGGAGUACCUGAAAAAGACAGAGAAGAAACCACAGAAGCCGGUGAAAGAGGGACAGCCGAGUCCACCUGAGGAGAAGGGGAAUGACAGUGAUGGGGAAGGAGAAUCUGAUGACCCUGAAAAAAAGAAACUACAGAAUCAACUUCAAGGUGCCAUUGUUAUAGAGCGUCCAAAUGUGAAAUGGAGUGAUGUUGCUGGUCUUGAAGGCGCCAAAGAAGCACUUAAAGAGGCUGUGAUAUUGCCAAUUAAAUUUCCUCAUCUUUUUACAGGCAAGAGAACACCUUGGAGGGGAAUCCUAUUGUUUGGGCCACCUGGAACAGGAAAGUCCUAUUUAGCCAAAGCUGUAGCAACAGAAGCAAACAACUCAACAUUUUUUUCAGUAUCUUCCUCUGACCUUGUUUCUAAAUGGCUAGGUGAAAGUGAAAAGCUAGUUAAGAACUUAUUCCAACUUGCCAGAGAGAAUAAACCUUCCAUUAUCUUCAUUGAUGAAAUUGAUUCUCUCUGUGGUUCAAGAAGUGAAAAUGAAAGUGAAGCUGCACGUAGAAUUAAGACAGAGUUCCUGGUUCAAAUGCAAGGGGUUGGUGUGGACAAUGAUGGAAUUUUGGUUCUGGGAGCUACAAACAUACCCUGGGUUCUGGAUUCUGCCAUUAGGCGAAGAUUUGAGAAACGAAUUUAUAUUCCUCUGCCUGAGGCCCAUGCCCGAUCCGCAAUGUUUAAACUGCACUUGGGGACCACUCAGAACAGUUUAACGGAAACAGACUUCCGAGAACUUGGAAAGAAAACUGAUGGUUACUCAGGGGCAGACAUAAGUAUCAUUGUGCGUGAUGCGCUUAUGCAGCCUGUUCGAAAAGUACAGUCAGCUACUCAUUUUAAAAAGGUUCGAGGACCUUCACGAGCUGAUCCUAACAACAUAGUAGAUGACCUGCUAAUGCCCUGUUCUCCAGGUGACCCUGGUGCCAUUGAAAUGACAUGGAUGGAUGUCCCUGGGGAUAAACUUUUGGAGCCAGUUGUUUGCAUGUCGGACAUGUUACGGUCACUGUCUAGCACAAAACCCACAGUCAAUGAACACGACUUGUUGAAAUUAAAGAAGUUUACAGAAGAUUUUGGCCAAGAAGGCUAAACCAAAGACAACGAGGGUGACGUUUACCGUGUGUGUUCUUUCUUUUGUAGGUAUUUUUGCCUUUCUUGGAUGGCAUUCAGAUUAUUUCCAGUAAAACACUUUUACCACAGGGAAAUAGAGAUCUCACUUCAGUGUUCCUUUAAAUUUUAUAUGUAAUUUUGCUCCAUUACCAAUUAAAUGCUCCUGUUAACAAAAACUAUAAAAUAAUGAGUUGAGGAAAUGUGUGUUAUAUGAAUGGCAAAGAAUAGAAAUUACCCAGUAAAAAGAGGAUUAAAAUUGAUUAAGGUACAGAUUUUUUAAAUUGUUGUGAAUAGUGGUCUUUGUAAAGAGCUUUUAUCUUUUUUUUUUUUUACUAAAAUGAGAUAGGGCUGACUUCAUAUUUUGAAAAAAAUUUUAAGCAUUCUCAUCAAUGUAAAUUUAUUUACUUUAUUAAAAAUUAAAAAUGAUAGAAUCUAUACUCUCAGGGAUGCGUGAUGAAACAGCAUAGAGAGAGCACUGUGAUUGGACUUGAAAGAUUAUGAAUUGUGUUCUGGCCAAGGCUUUUACUGAUUUUUGAUAAGUUGACAUUUUCUUUGUGUAGAUUUAAAUAAUUUCUUUAAAGGCAGCAAGCUUUUAUAUUUAACUAAAUAACACCAUUCACUGUGCAAUCUCAAGACAAAGACUUUCUAAAUUAGGCAUUGUCUUUAUCUUGAAGGGGAAAAUUGUCUAUUUCAGUCAGUGUCUUUUUGUAGCCAGAUAGACCAAAACUGAUAGUGAAUAAAUAUGUCCUUUUUAAAUAACUACCAUGAAAUACUGUAAUGGGAUCUUUUGCUAAAAGGAAUGGCCUCCCUUUGGAUUAUGGGGAGUUUCUUGUGUGUGAUAUGGGGGUGUGCGUGUACAUAUAUAUAUAUAUAUAUAAUUUUUUUUUAAUAUAGCAAGGGUCUUAUCUUUUACCUUUUUAAGUUCAGGGAACAGUUUGUCCUGGCUACACAUGUUAUCAGUGUAACGCUUCAUGAAGCUUUAGAAAUGAGCUGUGGUUCAUUAAAUAAUAAAAUACAAACAUGAUUAUGUUACUUUAAUAUCUUCAAAUAAAAAAUCUGACGGUGUGUGUUACACACUUUAGCAUUAACAUUAAGUUGUGCCUUCUACAUUUGCAUUGGCUAUUCAUGCAAAGGGUUAUUAAGUUAGUUAGAAUGAGGUAGAUUCCUUAAUCAUUAUGAAGUUCUACCUUGCAAAUACUAUAGGAUGACUUGCAUUUUAAAGUAUAUUUGCACAUUUACAUAUUACUCAAUAUGGUUGCCUUUGGUUGUCUGUACAGAUUGUUUUUGUUGAUAUUAAAUGGAAAUCAUAGUCCUGAAACAUGCUGUUCUUAUGUGGAGUAAAUUGAUAUAAUGUACUGUUGGCUAUA